CAUACAUUAGGUUCCUUGCAUCUAAUGCCGAAGCUGGUUCAGUCAUUGGGAAGGGUGGCUCAACAAUUACUGAUUUUCAAUCCCAGUCCGGAGCACGGAUUCAGUUGUCACGCAAUCAUGAAUUAUUUCCAGGAACAUCUGACAGGAUCAUUAUGGUAUCUGGAACAGUUGAUGAAAUACUCAAGGGGAUGGAACUAAUUCUUGCUAAAUUGCUAAACGAAUUUUAUAUUGAAGAUGGUGAUGACGUUGACCCAAGAUCAAAACUUAGACUGAUUGUACCAAAUAGCUCAUGCGGUGGAAUAAUUGGGAAGGGUGGUGCCACCAUAAAGUCAUUUAUUGAAGACUCUCAAGCUGGCAUUAAGAUAUCUCCUCAAGAUAACAAUUAUCUUGGGUUGAAUGAUAGGCUAGUGACACUGACUGGUACUCUAGAGGAACAGAUUCGGGCUAUUGAUUUGAUUUUAUCAAAACUGGCAGAGGAUCCUCAUUACACACAGUCCUCUAGUGCUCCUUUUCCGUAUGCUGGUGUUUUAGUUUUUGGUUUUCAUGGUAUUUCAUCUACGUUUAUGCUUCCUUCUGUUGGAACAGCUUCAGCAUACAAUGCAAUGAACAACUUUGGGUCAAAUGGAGCUGGAGGAAAGUUUCAGAAUAACAAGGGAGACCAGAGUAACUCGGUGACUAUUGGUAUUGCAGAUGAGCAUAUUGGGGUCGUUGUUGGCCGUGGUGGAAGAAACUUAAUGGAAAUCAGUCAGGCUAGUGGGGCCAGGAUCAAGAUAUCAGAUAGAGGCGAUUUCAUGUCUGGAACAUCCGAUAGGAAAGUGACCAUCACAGGACCACAAAGAGCAAUCCGUGUGGCAGAGGCCAUGAUAUCACAGAAAGUAGCAUCUGCUUCUGAGAGGUGAUGGAGUAGUUAAUUAUCGAGUUUUCUCAUCUAUCCUUGAGAGAUUUGUCUGUGAACUGAUUUACUUUUAAAUCUCUAUAUACAUCUGGCAAAUUUUGGCACAGUAGAUUAGCAAAAAUUGAAUCUCUGAUGGAUCACCACAGAACCCAAAAGUUUUUGUUGAAUAGAGCUUCAUGUUACAGAAAAUAUAUCUCAAGAGAGCAAAGUUGUUG